CUAGCAAACAAUAAGUUAAAGAGUAUAGGUGGAACAGCCAGGUGGAGGAGGCCUUUGGUUAAACAGAAACCCGGGGAAGAGGAGGCAAGAGUAACGCACUGGACGCACACUAUGCGCAGGAGUUACCAUUCGGAAAUAUGUACGUGAGUUAUCUUUUGGAGAAGGACACCAGCAUGUACCCAAAUUCAGUGCGACAUCCCAGCCUAAACUUGAACCAUCAGAACUUUGUUCCCGCACCUCCGCAGUAUUCGGAUUUCAGCGGAUACCAUCAAGUUCCUGGGAUUAACAAUGACCCUCACCACAGCCAGACUGGGGCCUGGAACCCCGUUUACGCACCGCCGACCCGGGAAGACUGGUCGCCCUAUGGGCCAGGUACAGGACCGUCCACAUCGAAUCCGGGAGCAAUUGGCUAUAGCCCCCCAGAGUUCUCUCCAGUCCCACAACCCGGGCUUCUCCCGUCGUCUAUCAACUCAUCUGUAGGUCAGCUCUCUCCCAUUUCUCAGCGCAGAAACCCUUAUGAUUGGAUGAGGCGGAGCGCGCCACCGGCAAAUUUAGGUGGUAAGACACGAACGAAAGACAAGUACCGGGUGGUGUACACAGAUCACCAGCGCUUGGAGCUGGAGAAGGAGUUUCACUAUAGCCGCUACAUUACCAUCAGGAGGAAAGCAGAGUUGGCCACCUCUCUCUGCCUCUCAGAACGACAGGUGAAAAUCUGGUUUCAGAAUCGGCGUGCCAAAGAGAGGAAAGUGAACAAGAAGAAGAUGCAACAGCCUCAGGCAGCGUCCACAACAACACCUACUCCACCCAGCAAUGUUGCCAUGGUGACCAGCAGCAGUGGCGGCCUAGUGUCUUCAUCCCUACAAAUGACUAUCAAAGAAGAAUACUGAUGACGGAGGUCUGACGUGAAGAAAAAGAAGAAGACUUUGUGUCAUAUCUAACCUGCAAUAGAGACCCCAGUCAACAGCUUGAGUAACAUGGGGACAAGGCACAUGCAGGGGUCAACACCUACAGAGAAAAAAUAUUUGUAAAAGACUGGCUGCUGUUUCCUGCGCUUUUGUUUUUGGAAAAGGACAAGACAGACCAACACGAACGUUGGCUGUGCGCAAUAGAUUACGUGCCGGGGGUUUCGACGAACGGUGGCGAUUCCACGUGGAAUCAUCGGGAAAUGGAUAGAAAAUGAAGGCCCAUGUUCUGUGGUCAGAGGCGGUAGGACGGCCACCCGCUGUGCACAUGUUCUGUGGUCAGAGGCGGUAGGACGGCCACCCGCUGUGCACAUGUUCUGUGGUCAGAGGCGGUAGGACGGCCACCCGCUGUGCACAUGUUCAUGUUGGUCCGUCUUGUGAAAGAGAGACAAAGAACUGAGAAAGAGAAAAGCUAUAAAUAUAUAUAAAUAUUAAACUGUUGUCUUUUACUGUUAUCAUGGCUUCUAUUGUUUCUUCUGCUGAUACUGGAAAUACCUGGAAAUGGUUCUGAUCCCACGCAAUAAUAAUAAUAAUAAUACGUGUAUAUUUUCAAAGUAAUUUGUAUUAAAAGCUUUAUUGUAA